UUCUACAACCGGUCAAUUUUAUUCCAUGGCAAACCUCAAUGUUUCAGGCGCCCUGAUUGCGGCCAAGAAUGAGAACACAGCCGCCUUGGUCAACAUCAACUUGGACGUCUCACUGUAUCGAGGGAAUCCACCAGCCGAGUUCUUGCCCGUUGGCUCUGCCUUAGCAGCAUGGCGAAGGACAGAGGCCGAAGAUGGCGAGCUUCACAAGACAGCCUGUCGGCUUGGGUUUUUGUUCAACGAGCUGGUUCCAGAAACACCGAACCUGAUUCGAUGCUACGGUACCCGAGCCUCUGAUAUUAUGAACAGCCCGAACAUUAACCCACGAGGCACUUCUGAAGAUGGUGCAUUUUGUGAUUUCGUCGGUGCUGAUGGGACCUGCAUAUGGGCUGCAGCAACAUCCAUACCAGCUUCACUCAGUACAUUCCUCCUUGCUUGUAUGCUUGCUCGAGCCUGGGAUGCAAAAAAGGCCACGAGCAUCUGGGCGGAGCUUGUUCAUGAGCGCAUCGCCCAAGUCAAGGCCCAACUCAACAUGAAGAAAGUGGUCAAUCCUCAUACUGAGAUGGCUAUCCGGCAAAACAUCAGUCGCGCAGACCUUGCAAAAUGGGAUGCAAGCGCUCGAGCCUGGCUUCGAAGGGCAGAUCAAAGUAUGGUCCGCUAUCACGAUCAGUUUACCCUGAUUAUGAAAAACGUCAAGACCCCGUUCGUUGACCCAGGCUCGACAUUUGAGAAAGUAACGAGGGGUUGGAUAAGAGCGAUGAAGGUUCUCGAAGACUUGCUCCAAAACACACCGCAGCAAGUUCCUGAUCGAGCGGUCUUGAUGGCAAUCUCAGCAUGGCAUCUAUACCCAGACCUGUUGGUUUGUCAAGAAAAGACCACCAAAGUCACCCUCAAAGACCCGUUAUUCCCGCAAGCUGCUAUUUUGACGCUCGGGUUGGAGCCUCGCGAUUCUCGCAAUGACAACCUAUGCCAGUGGUCGCUGGCACUAUCCCACCUCAGGUACUAUGGAGAUCCUAUCAAGGUCAAGAGCGAAGAAGCUUUUCAAAGAGUCAGCUUUCAUGAUUUGUGGGUGGUAGCUCUUGGGGCACUUCUGAGGCAAUGGCAACUACCAUCGUCGAGUAUCGGGGCAUCGAUUGUCUGGUUCAAGCGUCUGGGCGAAGUUUUGAAAACAUCUCCAGAUUCCUCGAGUCCCGAGGUCUCAUGGCUGUUAAAACUCUGCGAAGCCGCCUCGUCCAUUGACCAACCCACCGCUGCCGAGAACGACCCCAAGAUGCAACUCGUACAAUUUGGCUGGUGGAAGGCAACACAUUUCUUUGGGUCUGGCGCUACCAUUCAACCGCAUUUCUUUGGGCUGUGCAAAUUGAAUGUGAUACGGAAAUUGCAAGGAGAUACCGAUCUUGAAAUCGGCUUUCAGUACAUUCGGAAUAUCGCAUUUCAGCUGAGUCUCCGACCUCAAGAUGCAAUUGUAGUCUACUACUCGCACAAUAUUGGGAAUGGCACCUAUGUUGAGUGGGCUACCUUGUUUCCUGUCAGUCCUCUGGCUGUGGGGAAAUCGACUACUGAAUCUGACGAACAUACUCCAAAAACCAAUGCGAGGUGGAUGUACUAUCAGUGUUCGGACAGCCAUCUCAGAACCCACAGUAUCAUUGAUCAGCGACAGAAGCACAUUCAAAUGUCGAGUGAGGAAUGCACCAUUGUGUCUGAGGAUAGUCUCGAGCAAGCUAUUUUCCUGAAAGAGCCAAACACCGAUGGGAUGUCAUGCACCUGGGAACAACCGCCACCUCUGUUUGGAGGACCAGCCUCUCCUAUAAGAUUCAGGGCCCUCCCUGUCGGAACAGCAGUUCUAGGAGCAAACGAAUUUCGCUUAUUGGUUCGAGAAAGUCUACUUGGGAGUAAAAAUAUGAGGGCGCUGGUCAGCCACAGCCUAGGCCCCGGUUUGGGCAGCUCGAUUAGCCAGGCUUACCCGGGCCUGAUGGAAAACCUAGACGACAAUGCGAGGCAAGGACAUGCCCUAUGUCGUGCUUCCACGGACUUUUUGAUCUCUUUUCGUGCCCUUGAGCUGGCGACGAUGAUAUAUCGUCAACUCCCAACGGCCACGGUGUCACUAAAGGUGAUCGACCAGGUUUUAUCGGCGGCCCAUUGGGUUCCAACCCGUCUCAAAUCUAUCAAAAAUCACGACGUCCACGACCUCACGUUGCCGCGGUGCAAUGUGUUUGCAGCCAUCGCGAUGUUUGAGUCCGGCAUCUUGAACAUCGAUACGGAGCAGCUGAGUGAGGUUGUUGCCCUCUGUUCCGAAGACUCCAUCUUUGUUUCCGGUCUCUUACUCUCAGAUCCCGCAACUGAAUGCUUCGGGAUUAAUAUGCGUCAUCUAGUUGGCAACAUUGGCCAAGCCGGUAUGGUUUUCAUGGUAGCCCCGAUGAACCCUCGACUUCGAUCUCCGAAAUAUGACCCAAGAAUGAUACGACCGCACUCAUAUGAUGGCAAAUGCACCGACAAGUUCAAGGGAACUUCACUUCAUUUGUCUUUUACGAAUUGGAAGAUCUCAUUGGAUUGGAGCAGCACGGGGGAAAUUGACCAACAGGUGUUUUUGUUAGAAUCAGUGAUAUCUGUUCAAGACAAGGGACAGUGGGUCGCAGAUAUCGAUGUAUUGGAACUGGAAAAAAGCGGCUCGCAAGUCAUACAGUUUCAAUGUGACUGUCAGCGGGAUGCACCUCCCCCGUCCUCAGAAGAUGUCCUCUCGUUGGAAUCCUGGGAAGAGAUUCUGGACCCACCUCCGUCAGUUGGUGUCAUUCGAGCUAACGGAAACUGGGUCGCUCGUCUUGCCGCAACUACAAUCAUAGCACAGCAAGGUCAAGGUCAUGCUGUCGCUCUUCUUAGGAAUGAACCUAUUUGCUGGAGUUGUUUGGAAAGUCUUUACUCAGAGCCGGAGCCUCGCUUACCUUCUUUCAUCAUUCAUUAG